UAGUGUGGGCGCGGCUCCGUGUCCAUGGGCGCCUCGCCCGCCCAUACUCCCGCGCACCAGCCCGACUACAGGUCAGUCGCCUGUACUGUAGCGACUGUAACUAGAGCGCAGGGCUGCUGUAGUGUGAUCUAGUGUGGGCGCGGCUCCGUGUCCAUGGGCGCCUCGCCCGCCCAUACUCCCGCGCACCAGCCCGACUACAGGUCAGUCGCCUGUACUGUAGCGACUGUAACUAGAGCGCAGGGCUGCUGUAGUGUGAUCUAGUGUGGGCGCGGCUCCGUGUCCAUGGGCGCCUCGCCCGCCCAUACUCCCGCGCACCAGCCCGACUACAGGUCAGUCGCCUGUACUGUAGCGACUGUAACUAGAGCGCAGGGCUGCUGUAGUGUGAUCUAGUGUGGGCGCGGCUCCGUGUCCAUGGGCGCCUCGCCCGCCCAUACUCCCGCGCACCAGCCCGACUACAGGUCAGUCGCCUGUACUGUAGCGACUGUAACUAGAGCGCAGGGCUGCUGUAGUGUGAUCUAGUGUGGGCGCGGCUCCGUGUCCAUGGGCGCCUCGCCCGCCCAUACUCCCGCGCACCAGCCCGACUACAGCCGUCAGCACUUCGAACCAGCCAAGACCCCAGCGGACGAGAAAACCAAGAAGUCUGGGGACGUAUUCGGCGAUUUACUCGGCAGCCAAGGGUACGACUUCGCCAAGCGCGAGGCCGGGCCUAAGACCAUGAACGCUAUGAAGCGGGAGGAGGUGGCCAAGGAUAUGGACCCGGAGAAACUCAAGAUUCGGGAUUGGACGGAAGGCAAGAAAGCGAACAUUCGCGCUCUCCUGUGCUCGCUCCACACGGUGGUGUGGGAGGAUUGCCGCUGGACGCGUUGUGACAUGUCGCAGCUCGUCACGCCCGACCACGUCAAGCGGAACUAUAGGAAGGCCUGCCUCGCUGUGCACCCUGAUAAGCAAAUGGGCACUCCCAAUGAGAACAUAGCUAAGAUGAUAUUCAUGGAGCUAAACAACGCGUGGAGCGACUUCGAGAACGACGCGAAGCAGCAGAACUUGUUCCAGUGAACUACUUUACUCCGUUUGUAUGACACUUUGUCAGUUGUUAUUUAGGGCCGAGCUUCAAUCAUUAUCUUGAUCAAAGUAAAAAUUAUAACAAGCUUGUUGAAUAAAACUGGUGUCAUUUUGAGAAGUGAUUGAACUAAUCGAACAUAUUUCCCUCAAUUUCUUAAUCCAUCUCGGGAAAAAUAAAAAGAUACGGGUAACUGUAGGAAGGAAGAAAGGAAAUGAUUGAAUGCUCGACCCUUACACUUAUUGUCUUCUAAAAAUAUUUGUGUAACUUUGACUUAUAAACCGAGUGGUAUGAUAAGUAAUAACAAUUCCAUAAUAUGUUAUAAAUCCAAAAGUAACUUCGAACUUUCUCCUUGGUCAAUGACAUUCGCAAGCGUGUUAAUGGUUAGUGGCUCAGCGUGAUGUAACUGCUGCACUGUGGAAUUGUGUGGAAAGUGGAAAGGUAAUACUUUCGGUCGUCUAUAACACUAUUAAUUCUUCGUACUGGUAAUAGUUGCAUAGUAAACAAAUCAUAAAAAUUAAUUUGAAUGCGCACACUGUUCACUCCAAUAUCAUUCCUGUUUCUUUAUUGUCCGGGCUCGAGUUCUAUAAAAAUCUCAGUUGAUACUCCAAGUGACACAAAUAUUAUGUACUGAUAGAACACUUGUAUAACAGGUUUCGAAAUUGUUAACGCUUAAAAUUGUUAAUAGCAGCAUCCCAGCAUUGGUGUUAAACGUUUUAUCGUAACUAGAUAUAGAAUAGUUAUUUUAAUCUUGAUAAUAUUUUAAGCGUAGUGAAGGCAACGAUACAACACUAUACUUUUGCUUAUUAAGUUUUGCUCAAACUUAAUUCUUGCAACCACUAAAAUCAAAUCAUACCUUUCUUUGCUUAGUCAAAUUUCAUUAAAAUAGUAUCACGUAUUGAAUAACUAUUUUAUUGGGCGCUGUUACUUAAAAUAAAAUAAUCACUAUUAAAAACAGUUUGGCAGCGAAGUAAUAGUACAUUUUUUGAAACGUAUCUGUGUAAAGUUGCUGAAAAUGAUGAAGGAAUGCUGAUCCUAAUUGUCUAUUAGAUUUCAAUGUGUACUAUUAUAAUUUUAAUUUAUGUUUAAGCAAUUCAAACAGACGCUAAGAAAUAUAUAGACAGAUAUAAUAAUCACGUAAGAUGUUAUAAAUAUAUAAAUCGGAUUUUAUGGGUAUAAAAUUUUGAUUCUGGUACACUUCAUAGUUAUUAAAUAAAUAGAUAAAUGAUGCAAAUUUUAGUGGCGAGAGUAUUAGAAAAUAGAAGCAAUGUAUUAUAUUUCUGAUAUAUUCCAUAGUAUAUUUAUAAAGUAGUUGAUCUACAUACUCAAUUCUAUUGAUGUGUUUUAUUUUAUUAAAAUUCAUGUGUAUUUCUUAAGAUAAAUACUUAAUAUUAUUUCGUUGAUGGCAUAUUAACUUCAGUUCUUGGAUCUUUUGCUAUUGGAAAUGAUUUGUAAAAUAUUGAGUCUUGUCAAAAAUGCAUAAAAUCUUCAGUUACUUGAAACACCGAAUAAGGCGAUUGUCACACUGCGCCGCGCUCCGCCGCGAAACGCGUGAUUACAUAUAAAAAAUCCCGCGCGCAGACGCGUUGUCAGUGUGUUGUGCCGCGCGUGUUUUCUACACAAACUGAGGUACUUGCAUACAAUGAUUAAAUCUGUCGUUCCGCGGCGGAGCGCGGUGCAGUGUGAUAAUCGCCUUACGGCCGAAUACUGAAACACUACUCAAAUCUGUCACUCAGCUGACGGGCUCCUAAAUUUAAGUAUCCUUCAAUUUUAAAUGGUAUUCUCAAACGCCACUCAACGGAUUUGAAGCCGUGAUCAGCUAAGCAGCUCUCAAAUGUUUACUUACUGGCAACAUUUACCAAAAAAAGUAUGUUUUCAUUUACACAAAUGAUAACUUUACGUUUUUUAUCCAUUACACGCAGCAUCGUUUGGUUAUGUAUUGUCUUUUAUGGAAAUAUACUCAAUCAACUUAACAUAGAACAGUUUAUUUUUAGUUUCUAUUAUAUAUAAAUCUAGUUUUAUCAUAUAAAAAAAUUAAUGCUUGCAUUUUUAUUUAAUUAAAAAAAUAAUUUUAAAGGUGAUACUUUUUAUUGUUGAAAUCUAUUAAGUGGCGAUCGUAGACCGAAACGUAACCACAAUUGACAUUUAUCAUUGUUGACAGAGUAUCAAAUUUACAUCAAAUUGACAAAUCAACAUCUCUUGGAAAUGCGUAGAACAGUAGGGUUAUAAAUAAUUAUUUGGUCCACUGGUUGUAUGGCGUUUGGUGAGGGGUUUCAAAGAGCUUCCAAAUUAUGAAUCCAGAAACAACACCGUUUCUUUAGAGACGCGGAACCUCGCUCGGAAUUGCAUGUCAUUAUAAUAAUAUUUUUCAAUAGCGUUCAGCCUUAUUGCGUUCCAGCGAUUAGAUCUAGGUAUUUCCUCGAGGCUCGAAAGAAAUGAUAACGAUGACACACAUUAUUUACCACUAUUUAGGUCGAUUUAGGUAUAAGAAUAGGAUUUAAGAUACCGCGCAAGCACUCUCAAAUUUAACAGCUGCUUAAGACGAUUUGACAGUUGUUUGAGUAAUGCUUAGCGUUGAAUGGCGUUUCAGUAUGCGAAAAUUCAUUUGAGUGGCGUUUGAGUGCAACUUAAUUUGAGAGGUGCUUAAAAAUUGAGAACUGCUCAGAUAUUGUUUUGAGUAUGCGAAAUGUAAGUUUAGGAGCUGCUUAACUAUUUGAGAAGCCGUCAAAUAUUUAAAUGGCGUUUCAGUAUUCGGCCGUUAGUGACGUAAAAUUAAUCAAUCACUUUCUUUGAUCAGACUUAAUAUUCCUCAAUAAUGCUAUGUAAUCUUUAGAGCAUAUUUUAUUUAUCGUUAAUUUUGUACAUUCCUAUUUUAACUAGAUUUAAUUUUCACGUAGAUUACGUACACUUUUUUUGUACCCAUUUAACAAUCAUAAUAAUACUGGCAGGCAACCCAGUCUACAAAUAAAUAGGCAAUAAUUAUUGAAUUAUUAUGUAGCUUUGGUGCAAUCGUUUUAUAUAAUUUUGGCCUAUAUUAAAUAUUUAUAAAUAUGAUGUAUAAUAUUUCAGGCCAGUGAGUCCUAGUUGCAUUGGAUGUACUUAGUAUGUAUCACUAUUGUUGUGUAUAUUUUGCUUAAAAAUGUCCAAACAUAGACAAAAGUAAUAUGAAUAAAGAGAUUGCAGAAGU